AUGGCUUGUGAAUUGUUCGACACUGGUAUACACGUUUUUUCAAGCUCCUCGAACCAACACGUCUCGAAAGGUGGAGAUAUGAGCGAGGUGACGGCGGAAAUCAAGUCAUGUUCAUUUUCUUUGUUAUCGCUUCACUUUUCAACGCGCGCAUCGUCGCUCUCGAGAUCUGCAGGACCGACUGCAGAAAGGAAGAUGACACAACAUGUGAAUUUUCUGCGGUUCAAUUCAAGCGGUGGUGAAUAG